GAUACAUUGUGAAAAGAAUAAGUAGUUUAUCAUCUUUUAUACUGUAUAUAAUGAAUAUUAUAGCUUAAUUUGAAUUUAAUUUCUCAAGAAUUGAAUUGUUCAUCGAGGAAAAUUGUGAUGUAUCAAUCAUUAUUAAAUCAGUGAGUUUGUGUUAUACCCUCUGUAUCUGAUCAACAAAGAAAUCCAUCUUGUAGAAGAUGGUUGUUGGUCGAAUCCGUGUUUUGGAAUGGGAAGCCGUACGAAUAAUCGAAUCUCAUUGCACCACACUCAACCACGCAAAACAACUCCACGCUCACAUCUACCGCAACAAUCUUCAUCAAUCUUCCUACGUUAUCACCAACCUUCUCCGUUUCAUCACCACUCUCCCUCACAUUCCCGUUCACACCUACCCUCACCUUCUCUUCUCACAAGUCCAUUCCCCUAACCCCUUUCUCUACUCCGCUCUCAUUCGCGCUUACGCUCGUAAUGGACCCUUCCACCAUUCCAUUCGUUUAUACACUUCCAUGUUAAACAAUAACGUUUCUCCUGUUUCUUUCACUUUUUCAGCUCUUUUUUCGUUGCUAAAGAAUCCUAGCUUGGGAUCACAGCUUCAUCUUCAUGCAUUCUUGUUUGGUUUUGUUAAUGAUUUGUAUGUUGGUAACACUAUUAUUCAUAUGUAUGUGAAGUUUGGGGUUUUGGACUGUGCACGUAAAGUGUUUGAUGAAAUGCCACACCGGGAUGUGGUUACUUGGACUGAGUUGAUUGUUGCGUAUGCAAGAAGUGGUGAUAUGGAUUCCGCGUGUGAGUUGUUUGUUGGGUUACCUGUUAAGGAUAUGGUUGCUUGGACUUCUAUGGUUACUGGGUAUUCUCAGAAUGCCAUGCCGAAGAAAGCGUUGCAGUUUUUCCGGAAAAUGCGAGAGGCUGGUGUAGUGACUGAUGAAAUUACAUUGGUUGGUGCUAUUUCUGCUUGUGCUCAAUUGGGUGUUUCUGGGUAUGCUGAUUGGAUAAGGGAGAUUGCUGAGAGUUCUAGAUUUGGGUCUGGAAGUAAUGUUUUUGUGGGGUCUGCUUUGAUAGAUAUGUACUCUAAAUGUGGUAAUGUGGAGGAGGCUUAUAAUGUGUUUAAAGGAAUGAAGGAAAUGAAUGUUUUUUCUUACAGUUCUAUGAUUGUUGGGUUUGCAGUACAUGGUCGUGCUCGUUCUGCGAUCAAAUUGUUUUAUGAGAUGUUGGAGAAUGGGAUAAAACCAAACCAUGUUACUUUUGUAGGUUUGUUUACGGCGUGUAGUCAUGCUGGCAUGGUUGAACAGGGUCAGCAGCUGUUUGGUGCCAUGAAAGAAUGUUACGGUGUUUCUCCAACUGCAGAUCAUUAUGCUUGCAUGGCAGAUCUUCUUGGCCGAGCAGGACACUUGGAAAAAGCGCUCCAGCUUGUUCAGACAAUGCCUAUGGAGCCCAAUGGAGGUGUGUGGGGAGCACUUCUUGGAGCAUCACACAUCCAUGGGAACCCUGAUGUUGCUGAAAUUGCUUCUCGCAGUUUGUUUGAGCUUGAACCUGAUAACCUGGGGAAUUAUUUAUUGUUGUCCAAAACGUAUGCACUGGCUGCAAAAUGGGAUGAUGUAUCCAGGGUCAGGAAAUUGAUGAGAGAGAAACAAUUGAGAAAAAAUCCGGGGUGUAGCUGGGUCGAAGCGAAGAAUGGUAUUAUUCACGAGUUCUUUGCUGGUGAUGUGAAACAUCCAGAAAUUAAUGAGAUAAAGAAGGCGUUAGAUGAUCUUUUGCAGCGACUGAAGUGUACUGGAUAUCAACCAAAACUAAAUUCUGUGCCAUAUGAUAUUGAUGAUGAAGGAAAGAGGUGUUUACUUGUGUCUCAUAGUGAAAAACUCGCUUUGGCAUAUGGACUGUUAAGUACAGAUGCUGGCUCCACUAUAAAGAUUAUGAAAAACCUUAGGAUAUGUGAGGAUUGCCAUAUUGUAAUGUGCGGCGCAUCCAAACUUACAGGAAGGAAAAUUAUUGUGAGGGAUAACAUGAGAUUCCACCACUUCCUUAAUGGAGCUUGCUCUUGUAAUAAUUUUUGGUGAGCAAGACUAGGUCCAUGUGGAGGUUUAAAACAGAUACUUUGGUGUUGGAGGAAUAACUUGAAGUGGGGGUGACCAUUUUCUGUUAUUGACAAAUGUAAAGAAUUGCUUUGUGGCUGCCUACAUAUUGACUAUCGAUGAAGGGUAUUUAAAUUUUAAAUCAACUGCACACCAAUUUACUUAACAAAGCUGAUUUAUCACAUCAGGGAGUUAGAGAUGGAGAAGGAAAGUUGGAGCAAUUCUUGUGUGAGCAUUGAUAUUUAGAGGUAUAACCAAUCAGAAGCUCAAUAAUGUAUUUAUAUAUUAUAAGAGCUAGUUUUGAGGUUCUUUGGUAUAUAGAAUUCCUUAUGUAGUAAUUAAUUGGCAAGUAAGGGUAACUGCAAGACAAAAACAAUUCUCAUAGAAAAGCAAAUGUUAUACUGAUAUAUGAUCAAGUAUAAUUAGGUAAGAUCAAGUGAUCCUACAUGGAGAUGGGGAAUCAAAGGAACCCUAUUAUAUUGAUUCUGAUUGAAUAGUAAAACUUCAAAUAGGAAGUGACAAUGAAUAAGACAUUUGAAAACAAGGAAUGAUGAGGUAAUGAAGAAACCGGCUAAAGGAAUCCCUUAUUGUUUUUGGUCUUCUAGUGGAUAUAGCAGGUUUCUUUUUGGUGUUACACUACAGUUCUUAUGACUUGAUAAACUCAAAGAUCUCUUUGCUUCAGAAUUAAGGGCUUGCAUGAUUCUGUGCUUUCUCUAGGUACUUGCAUUUUUGCCAGCACCUAGUUCACGUUGUUAGAACACAUACAGACUUUCAUUCACAGGCUGCUAAUUUGUCGACAUCUUGUCGGAAGAACAACUUAGUACCCUCUCCUGCUGCACCCAAAAAUGGACUUGUAUAGCUGUUAUUUACAAGAGUUAGAGCAAGGAUAAAGUAGAAAUAAUGGAUGGAUUUGGGAAUCAUAUAUUCACAUUGCAUCUAUCUUCCUUUUUUUUAAUGUCAUAUUGCCUCUCAUCCCCAAAUUUCGCUUCAAGGAGAAUCCUCAGUGAACCUCAUGAUAUUUCUUUAAUUCUUUGUUGAAAUUGGGUUAGCAACUUAGCAUUUUGUAUGACGUGGAUUCCUUACAAGUGAGAGAUAUUGAUUGGUCCACAAUGAAUAACCUCAUAGUGUUUUAGCAUUUGACAAUGUACUGCUUGAUUCUUUUUCUUAGUCCA